UACCUGGACCUUGUCACGGCAUUGUUUUGCCACACAGCAGCACAAACUAAGAGGCUGUGUUCCUGUGGAGGGCAGGCCUGCGCAGGCGAACGCCGCCACACAGCAGCAGGAAGAAGAGAUCAGCAUAUGACUUUGAGCACAUGUGAGUCACAUCAACUAGUGAGUCAGAUGGUUUUCCUGGAGGAGGAUUAUCACACUUCACACCAGGGCUUUUAUACUGAAAGUUCACCCGGAGCCUCAGUGCUGCCAUCUAUCUUCUGGCUGAAAGUCUGAGAAGUGCUAAAAAAUGGAAUGUCAGUGUGAAAAGGACAACGCUGGGGAGGCUGUUGCAGGUUGGUGGAUGGGCACCAGCAACGUCCAGUUAGGAGCUUUCACCGUGGUUGGGUAUCUUCUCUACAGAUUCUCUCAGACUCUGCCUGCUCUGAUUCGCUGGCCGAUUCGAAUUUUCUGCUCUUUAACCGGUCUGUCAGCUCUGUGGAGCUGGGUGGGGCGCCUCGUGGGAACAAUACGUGGAAUCCAGAACCUGUUUAAAUUUCUGUCGAGAGCGUGGCGCUUCAUCAUACGUAUUUCCCACAAGUUCAAGUGGCUGUCAGCAGUUAUCAAAGCUAUCACAGGAUCAUCUGGAGAUGAAGCCCAGGGGUCAGUAGGCAGCGGCAGUCCCAGAGACCCAGGUUUGAGGCUGAUCCUCCUUGGGCCCAGUGGAGGAGGACGAACCUCCCUGGCAAACACGUUGUUGGGCAGCAAAGUCAGAAAAUCACCCGUGGGUCCUCUGAUGGAAAGCACCCAAUCUACGGCAGUGGUGGACGGCAGAGAGGUUACAGUGGUCGACACCCCAGAUCUUCUGGGUCCAUCGCUUGGGGGCAACAGGAGAGCGAAGGAGGCUUUGAGGAGCCUUCAGCUGGUCAGUCCUGGACCACAUGCCGUCCUGCUGGUGCUGCAGGCUCCACACUCUGGCAGGGGGAUCAACCAGGAUGCUCACCGUGCGAUCCAAGCCACCAUGGAACUGUUUGGAGACGAGGUCUUGGGGCACAUCAUCCCUGUGCUCACCCACGUUGACCUCCUGGGUGGAAAACCUACUACUGUAGAUCAGCUGCUGGAUGUGGACACUGAUCUGAGAAGGACUGUGUCUCUGUGCGGGCAGAGGCCUGAACUGGUGGACGACAGGCCAGACUGCCCCCCAGAGGCACAGAGGACGACGAGCAGGCAGCUGGUGGGGCGUGUGAUGGAGAUGAAAGAGCUGAGGGGGCAUUUUGUCCACGAGCUGCAGAGAAGGGAGGAGCGCUUCAGGGAGGAGGUGCUGACUGACAUGGCAUCUGCACUGGCAAGAAAACUGGGACACAUGUGAACAUGGGGGGGGAGGAGGAGGAGGAAGAGUUUAGUGUUGCUGUUGUGUCUUUCUGUGCAAAAACAAACGUGCAAUUUUGAUUUUUAGUGCAAGACUGAUUCUCUGCCUGAGGUAUUUCCGUCUCUCCGCUGGUUCACCGCUCUUCCAAAUGAAUUUACUACUGCUGGCGUUCGUUUUGGUUCUCAGAGUGCCACACAUGCUUUUGGUUGGACAUCAUGGUCACACCAAUUAGAUUUUACUAUUUUCAUGCGUCAUAAUUCUUCAGUUUUUGCAUAUGUUUUUGCAUGAGCUUCGUGCUUCGUGUUUUCAUACUCUUCUCCACUGCGUCACCCGCCUCCUUCUUCUAUAAUUCAUAAAGGAUAUCAAACUUUAAAGACGAUCAGGGUAUAAUGAACAAAAAGUCAUAUUGGGAUAAAGCACGGCAGCCCAGCUCGUGCUUUGUCCAGGAGCUUCUGUGGAGCUUUGUGCAGCUUCAGAGAAAGUUUUCCGACAUAAUUGUAGGAUGAACAUGAUCCCAUUUUAAAGAUACAAUAUGGAACUUUUCUGCA